GUGCCAGUUUCCAGGCCUGUACUUCUGACGUUGUCCUGAGAGACAUCCAUGGCUUUCCCCGAAGAUGACGUACCCAGUACCCCAGUAUAAGUUCUUGAUUCAUUCAGCAAACAGAUAAUAAAAUGCCUUUUACACCUCAAAGAUUGCCCUAGCGAGGUGCUAAGUAUGCAGUGGUGAAUUAAAGGAACCUGGUGAACAUUUUUUUUAGCUCUUAACUUGGACUUUUGGGUGGAAAAUAGAUCGGAGGCAGAAGGAAUGGAAGCACAGAGUUCAUUAUGGAGACUAGCACAGUAAUACAGGCUAAAGAAAUCCUGACAAAAGAAUCCAACGUGCAGGAGGUUCGAUGUCCAGUCACCGUCUGUGGAGAUGUACAUGGGCAAUUUCAUGAUCUCAUGGAACUGUUUAGAAUUGGUGGCAAAUCACCAGAUACAAACUACUUGUUUAUGGGAGAUUAUGUUGACAGAGGAUAUUAUUCAGUUGAAACAGUUACUCUGCUUGUAGCUCUUAAGGUUCGUUACCGUGAACGUAUCACCAUUCUUCGAGGAAAUCAUGAGAGCAGACAGAUCACACAAGUAUAUGGUUUCUAUGAUGAGUGUUUAAGAAAAUAUGGCAAUGCAAAUGUUUGGAAAUAUUUUACAGAUCUUUUUGACUAUCUUCCUCUCACUGCCUUGGUGGAUGGGCAGGUAUGUAGGUCUUCCUAAAACUUACGUUGCUGGUUAUUUUCAUGAACCUGCUUUCUUAAUGUUUAAGUGCCAGUCAUCUUUCCACCCACACAUCCCUUUUAGAUUUCUGAAGUGCCUUCUUGUAUCAGGCACCGAACUAUAUGUUGGGACCACAGGGAUGGAAGAUGUAGCCCAUCCAUCCUCUCAGGGUUGUUUCUGGACUAGUCAUGGAGAUGUGAUUAGCUAUUUACUGGUCCAUGUAGAGGGGUGCACAGAAGACAUGGCAAGAAAAUUCUAUGAGAAGGAUGAUAGUCUGUGCUGAGAUUAAGGUCAGGGAAAUGUUUUCUGGGUGCAGUAGCAAUGAUUUCUCAGGAAGAAGGGGAGUGUAUUCACUAGAUUAGAGUAGACUGGAAGAAAGACAGCCCCUGCAGAGACAAGCCUGAUUCUGGCAGAAUACAGAAACGCUAGUCACACCAAGUGAUGGGCUGCUGCCUGCAGUUGUUUUUUUGUUUUUUUUUUUUAAGAUUUUAUUUAUUUGACAGAGAUAGCCAGCGAGAGA